AUGCCACGUGCAUCUGCUCCUCAAACGUCUUCCCGCAAAUCGCGAUGUUCUGCAACAAAACCAAUGGCGAUGUUGAAACGACCAGUCCCCAUAUGGGAACAUCUUCGAAUUCUUUGCGAGCACGGUUAUGCAGAAGACACCAUCCUCUUGUAUGAGAUAACAAAUCAAGGACAGAACGGAAGUCGUUUAGCUUUGGCUCGCACUGAAGCUGACGGUAAUAUCUACAAAUGUAUUUGCGAGUUUUACGAUAAAACGAAACGAUAUGCGCAGGCUGGAGCUAUCCUGAAAACCUUCAUAGCAUCAUUCGAUAUGAGUAUUGCAUUCACACCCGGUGAACUUCGGGAACCCGAAAGUUUCGAGGAAUAUAAUCAACUGGAACAUCAGGAUAAUGUCUGGUUCAGCUACGCUUGCGUCCUUCAAAAAACCAACAAAUUUUCAGAAGCCUAUGCCGCCUUGAACAAAAUCUGUGGUCCGUAUCUAGAAAAAAAGAAUCAAGAGAUGCCACGUCUUCUUCGUCAACUGAAAAAGGAAGAAGUGGGAGAUUGUGUGCCGCCAGAGCCAUGGUCCAGUGAGCUACCAGAUGAAAACAGCUCCAGAAUCUGUUCUUCUUCCCUUGGACCAGUAAUGUCUCUAUUGAGAAAAAACAAGGCGGAUGAGUUUCUCCUAGUGCGAUAUGUCUCGCAAUUCAUCGGAACAGAAAGACGAGAUGUGUUUCACUGGCUGAAAUCCGUCGAAGCUGUUGGAAAGAACAAAAUCUACGAGGCGAUAGCCCAUUUGAGAAAAAUGUCCCAUCAAAACGCCCGCGUUCUCACUGAAAUGGCUCGUCUAAACUAUCUAAUUGGCAAAAAGGACGAGGCAAGAAGAUUGCUCAGCAGAGCUCAUUAUAGGGAUCCAUUGUGGAUUGAUGGGAUGGAGCUACUAGCAUUCCUUCUUAUUGGAGAGUAUUUCAGAGACUUCAAUCAAAACCAAGUUGCUCUCGAAGAACUAGCAUCAAUGUUGACUAGAGAAUGGCCGCAUCGAAUCGAGACGGCAAUUGUGAAUGGAUUUGUCGCCCAUCAAGUGGAUCUUGAUUUGGCUAGCGCUUUUGCCAAUCGGGCAAUGUCAUGUGCCGUCGCUGGUACAGAACCGUAUGUCUAUGCUGUCUAUCUGAAAACAUACGUUAGAAGAGCAUUUUUAGCCAAGAUGAAGGGACCUGAAGCAGAGACACACAAGAGGGAAACGCGAGAAUUCUUGGAACAAUCUGUCGAAGCCAUGCAGAAUAACUCGGAUCUUGGGCUUUUAUAUGUUGACACACUUUUGCAAGAAGAAAAUGGCCACCGAGAGGCGAAAAUCUUUGCUACAAAAUUCCUUCAUGCAAAUCGAACCAAUGUGAAUGCAAAACUUCUGAAAGUUCAUGUUUUGGUUAAUGGAAUCAAUCGGAAUCCAGAAGCAAGUCACCCAAAGGAGAUGUAUUAUUUGCUGCAAGAAGUGAUAAACGAGCAUCCGCAUGUGCUCUCGGCCUACUGUUAUCUGAUUACGGAAUAUAGUAGGCUUAAGGAUGAUGCUCGGUGCAAAGAAGUUUUCGAGAGACUGACGGCUUCGAGACAGUUGAUGCCGCCUACAAAGACCCACAAAUAUCAUAUAUUACAAGCAGAUUUUUUGCUGAAAUCCAGAAAAGUCAUUCCGGCUUACGAGCAUUUGAUGGCGGCGAUGGCUACCGGAGCUAUUGUUGAUCCCAACUUGAUGUCUAGUUAUGAAGCCGAAUUUGCAUCCAGUAAAGCUCUUACUCAUGAUUACAAGAAUCUGGCGUUUCUCGACCCAAUACUUCCCGAACGUCCUCCCAGUACGAAUUCCGAAAGAGGCACCGUAUCCCCAGCUCUACAGGAAGUCAUGAAUGACCAUGAGAAUGAGCAAGACUCUUCGGAAGGUGAAGAAGACGAAGAGGAAGAAGAGCAAGACGAUAUGGAUGACAUGUGA